AUGGCUGCGAUGGUGAUGGUCAGUGGUUGUAUACCGGUUAAGCCGUUCAGUGCUAGCCCGGCGUUCGUCACGGCUAAACCUUAAACCACUCGACUUAUUGAAUAUCCGCGACACGAUCGUCUCUCAUCGAGGACGUGUCUACGGCAUUCUUAUUUUGCCCUCCGCACAACAAUAUCCAAAGUACAGGCUAGCCUCGUGCUUUUUGUUCUCCUUCUAAGGGAUGUUUCAAUUUUGAUCAUUUUCUUGUAAUUUGAUAUAUUGAAAACCAAAGUGAUUUUUCAUUGAAAAAAAAAGAAGAAAAAGAAAGAUGAGAGAGUUGUACGUCAAAGAUCGAUAACAGCUCGCGAAAUCCUUGAAAAAGCAACAUCACAAUGGAGAUAUCAUCAAUGUACGUCAACGUCGUUGUUGCUGGCAUCGUCGAAAGGACGCGCUUGGAGAUCAAAACGUCGAGCGAGCAGCCUACCAGGAUUCGAGGCGAUCGCGGAUGAAGUGAUCACGCGAAACGGACCAAUCGCGGAUCAGGACCGAUCCCAAAGGUGUAUCCAGGGAUCAGGAUGCGGUGGAUCGGUUACGUGGCCACAAUUCUCUGGUGGUCGGGCAUCGCCAGGUCCCUCAGCACGGUGAAUCGAGGUCACAGCUACAAGAUCAGUCCGAAGCCUUGCAAAGUGCCCGGUCCAGGUGACCACGAAGGUACUUGCAUGUUCGUCUGGGAGUGCAUCAAAUCGGAAGGCACGCACGUCGGUGUGUGCGUGGACACCUUCAUGUUCGGUAGCUGCUGCGUUCACAAUUCGACAGUGAACUCGAUAGCCUCGCCAGGACAUCAGUCAAAUCAGCAGGAACAAGAUCACCGUCACAAGCAGCAAGGAAAUUCGCAACAUCACCAUCAUCAUCUUCACCACGAGUCGAAUACUCUUAGGCCAACACUGGCGGAAGUUCUGGGAAGCGAGACGACAAGGUUUACCUUGACCUCUCUUUCAAAUUUCCCGGUCUCGAGUACUUCAAAACCAAGCUCCGUUCAUCAGCAAUCAUCUUCUCACGCUGGAUUCAUCGCUUCACCGAGGCCCUUCAAAACACCUUCGAGUAACGUUGCUCGACCUUUACAAAAGAGACCGCACGCGAAACCAACGUCCGGACAUACUGAUAGAUUUCAAACUUCCGUGCUCCCGGCUGGAUCUUCGCCUAUAUAUAACAGCUCUCAGGGUACAAAAAGACCAAACUUCCAUGAGUCCUCGCAGUUGCCUCAACAGAAGAUCAGACCAGAUAGCAACGCGGAUGAUAAGGUCGACCUGCAGCUCCAAGGACACGGGAACUAUCAAGGCUUUAAGGAUAAAGUAGGAAGUUCGCCCAAUACGCUCGUGAUACGCUUACCUGGAAAGGAACAUGCGUCGAACGAUGGACAGUCGAAGAGGCCUAACUGGCCGAACAACCAAAGACCCUCGGAGUCGAGGCCAGAUGAUGAAAAAGCGGAGGAUGCUGACCUCAGCGUACAGGAAACGAUACAUCGGCCGUACGUCAAUUCCGUUAACGAAAAUGAACCACUGAAAAAUCAGCAUUCCAGUAUAAACCUCAUAUACACCGAACGACCACAAUGGGCCACAAAACCAGCUACUUCGAAACCAUUGACAGAUUUCUCGAAGCCGUACUUCUCGAUCAAGACGACAACGUUUCGACCGAUCUCCUUGAGUAGUCAAACCGAUGCGAGACCAACCUUCGUCCUGAAACCUAAUACCUCGGACGUGUCUUUGAAAACUGCUACGUCGCCAAGACCUACGUAUUUCAAUAGUCAACCGACUAGGUAUUCGACUACGUGGUCGAGUAAUCAAAUCGCAGCCGGAUCCGUACCACAAACCUCUCACUGGCAAGUUACCACAGAGCCGGCAUUUGUAACAAAGCAGAGACCCUCGUCAUCGUCUUCGUCCACCUCGUUGUUGUCCUCCUCCUCCACUUCCUCUUCAUCGGUAAAGCCCAUAACCGUGUUUGAAACUACUAGACCCUUCGGCGCUAGCUCUUAUUUUUGGUCGGAAAACAGCUGGACGCCACCCAGGCCGUCCUUGAAACCACAUUGGACAGACAAUCCUAGUUUGAUGCAAAACGGACCGGAGAGCUUUCCUCAUCGGCCAAGUUUCAAGCCUACCGAGUCACAAGAAAAGACCGAAUACCACAAACCCGUGGGUUCCGCGCACUACAUAACGACGUCCCACUUUGAGACUUCGACGAGAACGAGACCGAUGAAGAAGACCACAACGUCAACCACGAGCACGACAACAACGACUACCACCAGCACUACUACUACCAGCACAAUUACGACGACUACGGAAAAGCCAUCUACAACGACUACAACGACUACAACGACAAAGUCUACGGAAUCUAUACUAAAAUCAACAACACCGGAGGCUUUAACGAAGACAGGCACGAUGAUGACGGUAUCGGCAGUAGCUGAGAACAAAGGCACCCAAUGCGGUGUCCCUCCUCUCUUUCCACUUCCAGAAACCAGAAUCGUCGGUGGCAAGGAUGCUCCGUUCGGUCGAUGGCCUUGGCAGGUAUCGGUUAGACGUACGUCCUUCUUCGGUUUCUCGAGUACCCAUCGUUGCGGUGGUGCGGUCCUCAAUGAAAAUUGGAUCGCAACGGCGGGCCAUUGUGUCGAUGACCUGCUGACAUCUCAAAUUCGAAUACGCGUCGGAGAAUAUGACUUCUCGUCGGUUCAGGAACGUCUGCCCUAUGUCGAACGUGGAGUUGCCAAGAAAGUAGUCCACCCAAAAUACAAUUUCUUUACUUACGAGUAUGAUCUGGCACUGGUCAGACUGGAGAGUCCAUUGACCUUCGCACCCCACAUAUCGCCUAUAUGCCUGCCAGCUACCGACGAUCUUCUUAUAGGAGAAAACGCGACCGUCACCGGAUGGGGAAGAUUAAGCGAAGGAGGAACCUUACCUUCUGUGCUUCAAGAGGUUUCUGUGCCGAUCGUUAGCAACGACAGGUGUAAGUCGAUGUUCCUCAGGGCGGGCAGACACGAAUUUAUACCGGACAUCUUUCUAUGUGCCGGUUACGAGACAGGAGGACAGGAUUCUUGUCAGGGCGACUCAGGUGGUCCUCUUCAGGUACGCGGAAAGGACGGUCGAUAUUUUCUCGCCGGUAUAAUCUCUUGGGGUAUCGGAUGUGCCGAGGCCAACUUACCGGGUGUCUGUACGAGAAUUUCAAAGUUCGUCCCUUGGAUCCUGAAGAACGUUACAUGACGUCUGAGCGUAUUAGACGGACGUCGACUUUUUUUCAAAGAAAGAUCUUCGUCAACGGUUCCUAAUCGUCGAUACGUCGGAAAACGAUACGAGGCUUGAAAAUGACACGUUAUCGUUCCGAUCAUGAGAAGAUUUCGCUAUCACGUUGACGGAAGAACGUUGAUUUUGCAUUGAAAUAGCUUUUUCGUAUACGAAAAACGAAUACAUGACGAAGUAUCAAGAUAAAUACAUCGUCGUAUAUCAUCGAAUAUAUCGUUGAUCGUCUUAUUACGUCGUCCUUAAAAAAUGACGAGGAAAACGAGCUACCAGUUCGGAGUCAUCGAAAGGACGUCCCGCGCUUUAUCGCGCUCGUGAUAGAAGUGUAUUUAUAUGAGUAAGAUGAUAAUAUAUUUGCUAGCUAAUAAGAGAUUAAUUAAUCCAUCCCGUCCACUAAUCAUCGGACAAGUGAAAAACCUAUACGAUAAUACUCUUGUAUUUUCUUAUACCCAUAUACGAACCAACGAUCUUGUUUACGAAAAACAGUGGAUCGAGAAAUACCGAUAUUAUUUUUUAUCUAAUUCUUCGUUAUUUAUGUAUACUUGUUGUCUCUACAAUGACUGGAGGACGAUUAUACUGUUUUGAACAACGAAACGCUGAGCUCUUGCCCUUCCUCUCGACGUUCUCUCGCGAUAAUAAUAAUUGUUAUCGUUCUACUACUUUCGAUAUUUGAUUUGUCCUCGUUCUUCUUCUUUUUUUUUUUAACAAAUAAAUCUGUACAGCGCACAAUGAACGUUGUAUACUGGAAGGUAUGUGUACGGAAUAGAGAAAGGAAACUUCAGUAAAUAAAUAUAUAUGUAUACUUGUUUAUAAGUUUGUAGUUAUUUAUAAGAGUCGUCAAAUAAAUAUACGUUUAUUAUUA